GCGCGAGCGGCAGAGAAGAUCCCGGUGCCUGGUGCGCAUGCGCGGACAGGAGACGCAUCUCUGGAGCCCUGGCCAGAGCUUCGCCUCCGAACCGCGCAAAUUCACCUUCGACCACUGCUUCUGGUCGUUCGACGGCUUCUUGCAGCUGGAUGACGGCUACUGCACACCCGAUCCUGAGCACGAGCACGGAGCUCUCUACGCCGACCAGGAACGCGUGUACAAGGACCUGGGCCGAGAAGUGGUGCGCAGUGCGUGGCAAGGAUACAACGCUGCUCUUUUAGCCUACGGCCAGUCUGGCUCCGGGAAGUCGUACUCCAUGGUGGGCUACGGAGCAAACACAGAGCUGGAUGGAAUCAACGUCCGCUCCUACAUUCCUGUGGGUUCCAAUGUCGUCACCGGCGUCAUCUACGAUGUUGACGCUACCAUUCUCAGCUACGACUUGUAUGUCUUUGUCAAGCCAGCUAAUGAAGCUAGCGUCCUCACCAAGGUUGCUCGAAUGGUGCCACGACUGUGCGAGGACCUUUUCCAGGAACUCGAAAAGAAACGAAGCGUCGGUAAACACAUGGAAUUCGAGGUGGAGCUGAGCAUGAUGGAAAUAUACAACGAGAGCGUUUUCGAUCUCCUGGUGGUGAACAAAGGUCCACGCAAAGGCCUCAAGGUUCGGGAACAUCCCAAAAAAGGCUUCUUUGCCGAGGGCCUUACGAAGUGCCUAGUGACCAACUUCCGUGAUGUUCUGUCACGAAUAGAAGAAGGAACUACCAACCGAAGCAUAGCAGCCACCAACUCCAACGCAACCAGCAGCCGCGCUCACACCCUAGUAACUCUGAUGCUCAUACAAAGGACGAAAAGGCCUCCUGGUCCAGAAACCACGAAGACGUCCAUCGUUCAUCUUGUAGAUCUAGCGGGAAGUGAACGCCAGUCUGCAGCGCAAACAUCUGGCGACCGGCUUCGCGAGGGCAUCGCCAUCAACCAAUCACUUUCCUGCUUGGGAAACUGUAUCCACGCUCUCGCUGAGAAAGCCAAGGGAACAAACCUCAAAGUGCCUUACAGAGAAUCCACGCUCACUCGCUUACUUAUGACGGCCCUGGGUGGGAACAGCAAAACGAUCAUGCUAGCCACCAUCAGUCCUUCGGAUGUGAAUUACGAGGAAACCCUAUCUACACUGCGUUACGCGGAACGCACGAAGGAAAUCAAGAAUCUUGUUCGCGUGAACGAGGAUCCCACGGACAAACUAAUUCGGGAACUGCGGCAGGAAAAUGAAGCCCUGAAGAAAAAGCUUGCGAAAGGAAAUGUCGACAACGUUCUCAGCGCAGGCCUCACCGAAGAAGAACUAAGCCAAAUAAAACGAAAAUGGGAAGAGGACAUGCAAGCGGUGAUCAAGGAGAAUGAGACACAGAUGCUCAUCAUGAAGCAAUCAUACGAAGAGAAACUCAAGAGUUCUGCAAGGAAAGAGGACACAGAUAAGCUGAUAACGGAGGAGGAGAAGAAAGCGCUGCCGCACCUCAGCAACCUGAACCUAGACCCACUGCUUUCCGGACGCAUUGUGCACAUUCUUCAGAAAGGAAGGUCGACUGUGGGCAAAGUCGACACAGACAUCGUCAUGCUAGGAGUAGGGAUUCAAGACAAACAUGCAGUUAUUCAGAGGACGGAUACGGAAGUUACUGUGGACAAGGGAUGUCCUGAGGCAAAGAUUCUCGUGAACGGUUCGCCUGUAACGUCUCCGGUGACGCUUCGCCACAAUGACAGGAUAGUCUUCGGCCAAACUCAGCUCUUUCUUUUCGUCAACCCGAGGCAGCAUGACAGACACGACUUGUCCAAGUAUCCGGAGGUGACGUACGAAAUGGCGCAGGAAGAAAUCGCUCUAAGAGCCGGCAUUAAGCUGCACGACGACGAUUCACUAGAGACGGCCCUGCUGAAUCGUGAUAUGAUAGAAGUUUUGCCGAAAAUUGAUGAGGCCAAUGCAAUGAGCGCGGAACUUGACAGGGGCGUCCAUUUCGAGAUAUUGCUUGUUUCGCCACAGUUACUGGGCAAACAACUAGGACGCACAGAGGUGUACGUAAAGGCCAAAUACUUUAAAGCUGAACAAGAAUUCGAUUGGACGAAAGAGAAAUUUUUGAGCCGUGUAUUCGCAAUGAAGGAAAUGUACAGCAAGUACGAGAACGGCGAGCAGUGGGAAGUAGACGAGGAACGAGACCCUUUUUUAGAGGAUCCCAACACGGAAGUGAGGAUAGGGACAGUGCAAGUGUACUUGCAACCACUUGCGUACAUGGUUGAUCUGAAGGAACAACUGGAAAUCAUAAACUUCAAGGGAGAAGAAGUGGGAAUUAUCAAUGUUGAGAUGAUACCAUGCUCAGAAACUGGCCACGAAUACACCGAACACGACAACGUCUUCUUGGACAGCCCAGGAGAACUUGUGGGCCGAGACCUGAACUUUAUCGUCCGAAUCCUGCACUGUCGUUCGUUACCGAAACGCUUCACGGAUAUAAGGUGUAAAUAUCGUAUGUUCAAGGACCAAGAGGACACGGUAACGGAGGCGGUCUCCGGAACUUCGGACCCAGACUUCAAUCACACGAAAAGCUUUUCCUACAGGCCAGCGACCGUUGAGCUGGUGGAGUACCUCUCGGAUUCGUACGUGGCCAUCUCAGUGUGGGGAAUACAGGUGAUACCCGUACCGGAGGAAGGCAUUCGUCCCAAGGGAAGGGCUCUCAAGAAGAACUUUCAAGAGGACCUCAUCAACCAGACCAACGUGCUUAUGAACGGUUUCCGCAUUAACGGCAGGAAUGUCGAUCCAAACAAGCAAAGCAUCAUCGUUGAGCUACUGCUCAUGAAGAAGCAACAAGCUCGGCAAAAUCAAAAACUGGAAAACCUGAGGAGAUUGGUUGAGUCAGCAGAAUCGCAACACCAGAAACGAGUGCCCGUCAGCGUUGUGAGAGACUUGUUGCUUGUGUCUUCGGCAGAAGCGGCUGAAGAGCUCCUAUCGAAACUAGAAGGUUUUGGCGACACCGAAAAAGUCAAGGGAUCAUCGACGUGCACGGUUUCGUGACCUGUUGAACUGUGGCUCUUCUGGACUUCUCCAGACAAUGGAAUAGCGGGACGCUUGUGUGCCUGCGAUGGAAGUGACGCUCGCAUUCUGCAGCAAAGAAACCACGAAGAAAAUCUAUUUCCACCAUGGUUACUAGCGCGUAGAACGACGUGAUGUCAUAGCGCAAAACUCUAAAAGAAAUAGUAAGAGGCAGAGAGGACCAGCAAGAAAGACGUAGCGCGUAGUGCCAGCGCAACACCGUUACACGAUAUUUCGACCUAUGCCAGCGGCAAUUUUCUUGAUGGGAAAGCGAAACUGGUGGCGUACAUCUGAACUGAGAAAAAGACUGAUUUGUGUACGAAUGAUCUCAUCUUUCAGCAGAACUGCGACAUAAGGUCUGGAUGCUAAGGUAAAACAGCAAUGCCAUAUUCCGUCGUAUUUGUCCGAUUUCGUUU